UAAUAUAUAACCUAACAAAUAAUCUAAAUAAACAAAUGUUUUAAAUUUUUUAACAUAAUUAUAAGUGUUUUAAUAUUAUGUUCAUGUUUUAAUCAAGAUUUUUUCAUUUUUGUCAAUGGUAGAAUGAGUUCGCUUUUUAAAAAGGUGGAAACACAAAAUGCACAACAAUUCAGACUAAAUAUUGUAUUUAAUGAAAGUGAUUUUAGUUUGGUUAUUUUAGAAAAAUCCAAUGCUUGGAAAGCUGAGGUUUCAUGUAAUGAUGUUAAGAAGUUUGCCAAACAACUUGAUCUAGAUGCUGAAGAAUAUUAUUCUACCCUGAAACUAUACUUACAGGAUACUCCAAAUAAUGUAAAUUUAAAAUUACAACAAUUACAACAAAACAAAUUCUUUGUUUGUUACUGCAAUGAAAAUGGUAUUAAUAUAAAGUAUUUUUCUUGUAAACUUGAAAAGAUACCGUUCGAAGAAUGUAUAUAUGAUUUGUUAGAUAGCUACGGAUUAAAUAAUAAUAAGAAACAGAACACAGAUAAUUCAACUGAAACAGCAGAGUUAAAAAAAGGGCAUGCAAAAUUGGAAGAAAAAUUGACAGAACUAGUAGAUAGAAACUUAAAUAGAGAACAAGAAUUAUACAGUAAUUUUGUCCUAGUGCUUAACGAAAAGAAAAGAAAAAUUCAGCAUUUAACUCAAACAAUAGAAGCGUUAAAGGCAGGAAGACCGGUAUUGAAUCCCGAAAUAAAAGCGAGGAAACCGAAAACUUUAAAAAAGGAAAAAGAUAAGAAACCAAAGCAGGAAGUGAACGUUUCAGAAUCAGAAUCAAGUAACAAUUCGGAUGGGUAUAACACCGAUGACGAAAAAUCGAAGAAGGCGGAAAAUGUAACCGAAAAAGUGCUUCCCAGUACAUCAAAGAAAGUUAAUUAUGGUUCGAUUUUCGACGAAUCUGAAGAUUUAGGUAAUCUGCCCAAAAGACAAAGGGGAAUGAGUGAAUUUAAAGAAAUUUGUAAUACUGCAGAAAUUAGCAAAGUACAGAAAAUAGAUAAAGAAACCACAAGUGCCAGUAUAGCCAAAAUCGAAGAGGAUUCUCCAACAGAAGAGGAUUCUUUCAAUACACAAGAACUUUUAGAUUGUAUAUAAUACAAAAAAUAGGUAAUGCAUUCAUAAAAAACUUUAAGUAAUAAAGUUAUCUUUUAUUAAGGGUGGGGUACGGUUUGAAAUUUUUCGAUUUUUUAUUAUUUUAAAUGAAAGUGCAUAACUACAAGUAUACUUUCUAAAAAUUUCAGAUUGAUCGGAUUAAAAUUACCGGAGAUACAGUAUGUUGAAUAUCCCUCCCUUCGAGGCGCUUUGACGCGGUUUCGUGCCAGCAUGCGUGAGCAUAGUGAGAAACAUUCAACAGCUGUUCCCCUUUUCUUUUUUAGAUUACUCCGCGAUUCAAAAACAUAUUCUGAUGUGCAUCACUUUACGUGUCAGACAAAAAAGAAGACGAAGACAUCAAAACUUUAAACGCGUUUUUCUCAAAACUGCUUUUUCAAAGGCGGUGGACAUUGUAACUCAAAAACUACUCAACCGAUCCAUCUGCAAUUUUGUGUAUAUUUCCUUUAGACAUUUCGUGAGAUAACGCUAUCUAGAUCUAUUUUUUGUUAUGCUUAUUUUUUUGUUUAACAAUAAUAAAUAUGCUAAUUUUCACCCUUUUGUUACAAAGAAUUUAGUUUUUUUGACUUCGUUAGUCAAGAACUUACAAAUCGUUAAUAUUAAAAAAAACUCGACAGCGUUCCUCGAAAAACUCAUACUCAUAAGCUAAAAAUUUGCCACCGUUGGUUUAUUUUUCAAUAUUUUGUCUUGAAUUUUUUUAAUAUUCCUUGAAUUGUACUUAAUAUGCUUAUUUAUUUUAAAAUAAUAAUUGUACCAUAGAAAAAAUCUCAAAAAUGUGCUUGAAAUGUUGAUUUCAAAACACAUCCCCCCUUAUCUGUAAUUGGGCCUUUGUUUGUUUUUUUUAAUUGAAGUCAUAUCAACAAAAUACAGUAAAAAUUUAGAAAACAAACGAAAAUACAUAAUAAAUAAAUGGUUUAAAAUAACAUACGCUAACUAGCGAAAAGGCAAUGUAAUUUUUGACAGGUUAAAAGUUACGUUUACAUAGGUAAUUACUUAUUAAAGUAGGCAACCCGUCAUACUGGGAUGGUAUAUCAUACAGAUUUGAAAAUUUUUACAUAAAUAUGUUAAAAUUGAAGUAUACACCCUGUAAUUAUUUUACAUCGAUGAGGUUUAUAAUUGUUUAGUGAAAUUUUUUUCGGUAUUUUUUCCGCGUAAAAGUUAAUAGCAAUUUGCCCCCUCUACGUAUUUGUCUAUUUACAAUGUUAACACUUUUUAUAAAUUAUUAUAUUUAACUUUUUUAAAUUUUAAUAAAUAAUUUUGUUAAA